CAGGUUCAAGUCGUUCAACAUACUCUCCUAAAGGAGUUCUUGAUUUAACUCUAAGUCCAUUAGUACGGAAACCAAGUACUCCAACAUUGGAGGGGUUCGAGUUCAUUAGUACUCCAUUCUCACCAGGCAGCUCUUCUGUUGUGGACGUUGCAUCUUCUAACGAAGCUCGAAGUGUUGCGGACAAGACUAAUUUAGAUAAUCCUCAUUAUGAGAGACUUCAACAAGUGAUGGCAAAUGCGGAAAAAUUGACACGCUUGCAGCAAAAAGUAGCAAGAGAGCUCGGUGAGGCUAUGGGCAAGGCCCAAGAAGAGUUGAUACUCAGAAGAGAAAUUGAGGAAGGGAAAGCAAAAGAGAGAGAAAUUGAAACGAUGAAAAAUCAGAUAGACCAACUCAUGGAAAAGUUCCAGAUUUUCCAAGAACGUGAAACAUCAUUAAAGAAUCAAAUUCUAGAGUUGCAGAUGGAACGGGAUAACGCAGUGAAAGAAGCUGAAGAGUUGAGAUAUAAACAAGGAGAAUGCUCAAGUUGGAAUAUGCCUUGGUUCUCUGAGUUCUCAUUGUUGGAGAUUAAGGAAGCAACUCAAAACUUCAAUGAAUCCCUGAAAAUUGGAGAAGGAGGAUAUGGCAACAUAUACAAAGGCUAUCUACGUCAAAUCGAGGUUGCUAUAAAGAGGCUAAAUCCUCAGAGCUUACAUUCAAGUUGCGGGCAAGGCCCCUCAGAGUUUCAAAUGGAGGUUCGUGUAUUAAGUCAGUUGAGGCAUCCGAAUCUUGUGAGGCUUGUUGGAUCUUGCCCAGAAGAAUUUGCACUUAUAUACGAGUAUCUAUCUAAUGGAAGCCUUGAAGAUCGACUCAGAUGUAGGGACAAGACUCCUCCAUUGUCCUGGCAAACUCGAAUCUGUAUUGCUACGGAGUUGUGUUCUGUCCUUGUAUAUCUCCAUUCCAGUAAACCUCAUAGUAUCGUACAUGGUGAUCUAAAACCCUCCAAUAUCCUCCUUGAUGCCAACUUUGUUUCGAAACUUAGCGACUUUGGAAUUUGUCGAGUGUUAUGCCAUGAUCAAUGUUCAAACAACAACACAACACUAUGUCGUAUAACUAUCCCAAAGGGCACCCUGGCUUAUGUAGAUCCUGAUUUCGUUGAAACAGGAGUGCUUACUAUGAAGGCUGAUGUUUACUCGUUUGGAAUCAUAUUGCUACAAUUGUUGACUAAUCGACCUGCCAUCUCCAUAGCAAAUGACGUGAAGUCUGCCUUAGGUGAUGGAAAUUUGAAAGCUCUCUUGGAUCCUUCAGCUGGAGAUUGGCCAAUUGUGGUUGCUCAGACCUUGGCUGAAUUGGCAUUGCCAUGUUGUGACAGGAACCGAAAGAACCGACCAGAACUUGGAUCAGAUGUCUGGGAGGUACUUGAAUCAAUCAUGGCAUCAUCCGUAGCCUCAUCCUCAACCCAGAUGGGUCCUAAAGGUUGAUGGUACCAACCAUCUCUGUAGUUUAUACUUCAUUUUGCUUGUUUCCUGAACAUCACAGAUACCUGUGACCACCAUUCAACACCCUCCACUUUUUUUUUGCUAUUUUCUAUUCAAUCCAUCUAUACUCUUU